GCUCAUGUGGAAGUGUGCCACUCUGUUUGGAACAUGCGCGUGCAGGAUUUUUUUUACGUUAAAACAGACGCUGGAUCUCCGGUGGCGCGUGGGGAUGAUUAAAGCCGGCAAACUAUAAUUAAAAACACUAUAACACAAUAAGGAUGUACCUUUAGCUUUGCGUUGAUUUAGCAGCAUACAGUUCUACAACUUUUGUCUUUUAUGAUUUUUUUCAUGUCCAGUACAAUUUUAAAACCAUUUUCCGGAUUUUUUGUGCAAUCUAAAGAAAGCUAAGUGACGCACACUUCACUGUCGACGAGGAAAGCAACUAACUGGGCCUUUUGAGGAAUAUUAAAGUUUACGUUCAUCAUACAGUUUGGAUGGACAACGGUUUGGAUUUCUCUGCUAUUAGACUUCGCACCCGACUAGUCUUGGCAUUCGAGAUGAGUUACUUCACAUCACUAUUACAUAUCGUGGCUGCGGUCCUGAGCCUUUUACCUGCACAGAGUUCUCCCUUGGUAAGCGUAAACAGCACAGCUAAAGUCAUGCUGUUUCAGGAGGUGUGGGGGAAAAGCUUCUGCCGCACUAUAGAGAAGCUAGUGGAAGUAGUUCAGGAGUACCCUGGGGAGGUGGAGCACAUUUUCAGCCCCGCCUGCGUGCCAUUGGUCCGUUGCGCUGGUUGCUGUGGAGAUGAGAACUUGGAGUGUCACCCUACGCUUACCUCCAACACAUCCAUGCAAUUAUUAAAGAUUAAGCCAGCAGAGCAGGGCCAAGAAUACGUGGACAUGACCUUUGUGGAGCACAAAGCCUGUGAAUGUAGACUAAGAAAGCCUACAACAAAACAUGACAGAUGGAAACCAAGAAAUAGAGGGAGAAAAAGGAAGGAGAAACAGAGAGUGAAAGAUUGUGACAGGUGUCAGCCUCCUCGCAGGUAAACGUUGUCUCACCGUGAUCUCAGCCAAUCACGUGCAUCCGUCCCCUACUGUGCGACCCUCAUCAUCAUUAUCUUUCACUAAUGGAUACUGCCAGUGCUCUGCCCCCCAAGAUCCCAGAAGCAGAGUUGUUAUGGUGAUGGGGCUUCCCUCCAGCACAUGGGGGAGCUUUUAAUGAUCUAUACAGGAAGCUCCUGUUGUGCAGAGGCAUCUUGACAAUAGCUUUUCACAGGACCACACCUAAAAUGACUGACAUAAACACAAAGGACCUAUAUUAUUAUUAUUAUUAUUAUUAUAUAAUAAUGUUUGUAGUAGUUGAAAUAGUAGCUGUAAUAGUAGUUAUAGUAUUGGUUUACACCGUUUCCAAGUUUUCCUUAUUAUUUAUUUAGAGUAAUGUAAAUAUAUUUCCAUUACAUUUAUUUUUAAAACAAUCAGUCCAAAUAUAAAUACAAACCAAAACUACCAAAGAUUGGUAAUUUAACAUGCCAUUUAUAAUAAUUUGAGUACUUUGUCACAUUGGCAUAAUGCUAUGAAUAUAAUAUAAACAGGUGAGCAUAAACAAGUUCUGGGUAAGCUUUUCUUACAGUAUUUUAUUAUGUGAAAUGAAUAAAAUGGAGAUACUGACAUCUAGUGGUAAUACUACAUAAUUUUCACACAAGCUUUUGUACAAAUAAUACUGAUGCAAGCCAUGUAAACUUGAAAAAAAAACUUUUGAGGUGUAACUGCGAAUGGACAAAAGCCUUUUCUCUUAAAGGGCCAGUCAACCUGAACAAGACAGACAUUCAUCAUCAUCUAAGGAAAUGUUGAUGUUUUGUAUUAUUACUUUGUCAAUAGUAACUGAAUUUCCCACAGUGCGGACUCGGGUCUGUGUCCGCCAGAAAGUGCCAGAAAUAAACAAACAUUAUUUAUGCUGCUGGCUACCAAAUGCACCAGUUUUCCAAAAAACUGGCUUUGUGUUUUAUAAAAAAGUAUAAAAAGUGGUCUGCUGGUCAAAACGUUGUAAUAUUCUAUGUAUGAAUAUUAUAUAAUAAGUAUCUUCCUUAAUAAAGUUUUUAUUGUUUUUUGCUAUUAACAAAUAUUUUGUAAAACAUUGUUGUAUUUGUGUGUAUGAGUGUGUGUGAGCAUGUUUUU